CAAAUUUAUAGAGCAACAGCGACAACAUCAAAGCUCCCCGAGGCCAAUUAAGGAUUGCCUGGAAUGACAGCAGCAACACCAACAGCAACAACAUUCAAUUACACAAUGUUGCUGCCAAUUUUGACGUCACGUCGACAUUUAAUUGCUCUCAUUGUGACAGCAAUAUUAGCCAGCUGCUGUCAGCUGUGCGCGGCUCAGAACUCGACGUUUGUAGCAACAAUUGUCAGUUCGAACAACACGUUGCAGACGCUAAACGAGACGCGGCUCAAUGAAACGAUAACAAUCAAUAUAAGCGAGAUAAUUGCAGCUGCUGCUGUCGACGGGCCGACUGAUAACACAACAGCAACGACAACGCCAACAACAACAGCAGCAGACUCAACGAGCAGCACGACAGCAAUACCUGACUCAAGCAGCUCAACUGUAGCAGCAACAUCAACAACAACAGCAGCGUCGACAAGCACAGAGGCAACAUCGACAGCAACAGCAACAGACACCACAAGCACUACAGCAACAUCUAGCACACCGCCAACAACAGUUGCUGCAAAUGCCACAACAGAGCUGCCGACAACAACAUCGACUACAACAGCAGCAGCUAAUAGCAGCAUAGCAAUUACCACAACAACAGCAGCAACAGCCGCAGUCACAUCAACAACUUUGCAGCCCUUUCCAAUCGCUCCUUAUCCAACAGUUUACGGCCAGCUCGCUAGCCUGGACAUGGCCAGGGAGCUGCGCAGGCUCAAGAAGGAGCGCUUGGGACGUAAGGGAUCAAAGGGACGCAAAGGCCGAAGGCUGCGCAAGCGCAGCACAACAACAACAACAUCGACAACAACAACGACAGCAGCGCCUGAUGACAAUGACGGUGACGAUGCUGACGAUGGCAACGAUGAUAAUGAAAAUACCAGCAACAUCUUUGAAGAUCCCAUAUUGCUGGAGCCGCUGCCGGAGCUGCCAUUGCGCCUGGGCAACAUCGAGAAUCAGCGCAUUGAUCAAUAAGUUCAUUGAGCUGAGCACAAAUAGAAUUAUGAAUCGUUAAGAUAUAUUUAAUAAAGCCCUAAGCAAUAUAUAAAUACAUAAAUUUAUCAGUUUUCGUUGGCUUUGCAAAUUCUUUCGUAUUAUCGGCAAAAAUUGUUAAAAUGCCGAACAGCAAUAACUGAAAACAGCUCAUUGACAAGCUGCGAAC